AAUUUCUCUUAGAUCCAUCGCCUGAUUCCCUUCAUCCUUUUGUAACUUUCGAGUGGGCAGGCCUGCACCUCUGCCUGGGAGAAUGCACUAUUCCAGAGGUUUCCCCAUCAGUGUGGUUUCCGGGGGGAGGUGACGCCUUGCAUGUGUGGACAUUUCCCUCAGGAUAAGGCCAAGGUGAAAAUCCGGAAGCUCAACGACCCCCCCAAGGCAGAGGCCAUCCGGGACAUGGUCCGAUACGCGCGCAACGUCAUCGAGGAGUUCCGGAGGGCCAAGCACUACAAGUCCCCUAGCGAGCUGCUGGAGAUCUGCGAGCUCAGCCAGGAGAAGAUGAGCUCCGUGUUUGAGGACAGUAACGUGUAUAUGCUGCACAUGAUGUACCAAGCCAUGGGCGUCUGCUUGUACAUCCAGGACUGGGAAGGAGCUCUGCGAUACGGACAGAAAAUCAUUAAGCCCUACAGGUGAUUGCCAUGGCCAUUCCGACCACCUUCGCACGGAAUGGAGCCUGGUGGUUUGGAGUGCGUACCUAGGCGGUUUUGCCUUCUCCCUGUCCCGUGUUGGAGCAUGCCCAGACCAGCUUUCUCUUCUCUGCACCCACAUCCGGAGGUACAGGGCCAGGGUGCUGCUCCCGUGGGUCCUGCCUGUCCCCUCCACCAUCUGGAAGAGACGCGUAGGAUAGCAGGUAGAGGUUUUGCAGGGGUUGCUGGGGCAAGAUUGGUCCCAGGACCUCCCCAGCUGCUAUUCAUUGUAGCUAUUUCAGGCCAGUAUUUAAAAGCCACCUGUUUGUUUGUUUUCAUCAUUAUCCACACUCUCCCUCAUGUUUUCCUAAACUGCAGCCCAGGUUGCUAAUGAGGAAACUUUGGGGCCAUUGGAUUGGCUGUGGUUAUUCAAUAUCCCGCCUGGGUUUGAAGAAAUCAAGCUGGGUUUUACCGGAUGGUAAUUAUGACUAUCAGUCACGGGGCAGUUUCCUGUUGAGGGCUUAUUAACCCUUAGGGUGGGUCACAGAUGGAGGCCAUGGCAUUGUCCUCUGGCUCUGACU